CGGUGGAGAGGAGGAUUAGUCUAAAAAAUGACGGUGUGGUUGGUGCUUGUGGCGGCAGUGUUCUGCUCGACCAGGGGAGUUCGUGCUGAUUGGUUUGACUCUUGUGAUCGUGAAUUCCAACUGACCGAGCUGGCAGAUGUAACGCUAAAUUCACCGUUCUACCCGGCAACUUAUCCGUCUGGUACCUCCUGUCGGUUUGUGUUAAGUGCACCACCAGGAUAUACAAUCCAGGCGUCAUGUACGGUUAACAUGGUCAAUCCUGGAACGGGCUGCACGACUGAUUUCUUGUACAUUUCAACGGAAGGAUUCAAGUCUCCAGCAGGAAGUGAAUUUUUCUGCGGCAAGGGCAUCAUUAGUCGGCAAUCGCUGUUCAAUAAACUGACCAUUUCGUACAUCUCGAGUUCGACCAAUUCCGGAUCAUUCACCUGUCGACUGAUUGUACAACCCGGGCAAUGUGAUUGUGGUUGGAGCCGAACGCCGAAGAUUGUCGGCGGUACUGAAGCAGGGGUGAAUGAGUACACUUCGAUGGUUGGGCUGUUGGAUCCACUUACAGCCAGCGUGUUUUGCUCCGGUGUUAUCAUUAGCGUGAGACACGUUCUUACUGCCGCUCAUUGUACUGCAACGAUUCCUAACGUUGGUCGAGUGCAGGCUCUGGUUGGUGAUCAUAAUUACCGAUCAGCAGUGGAGACACCCUACUCGGCGAUCUACAACAUCGAACAGAUCAUUCAACACGAGGCUUACAAUGUGGCGAAUCGCGAUAACGACAUUUCACUGUUGAAAACAACGGUCAACAUGGACUGGAAUCGAGCCGUGGGUCCGGUCUGUUUACCAUUCAGUUACAGUUCCUACAGCUUUGCGAACUUAGAAGUAGAUAUUGCGGGCUGGGGCACCACUUCUUUCGGCGGACCAAUGAGUACCGUAUUGAGAAAGACCACUCUUACCGUGCUACCAAACGGUAGUUGCUCUGCACCGUUUUUGAAUGAUAUGAAACUGUGUACGUUCGCCGCGGGACGCGAUUCAUGUCAGUAUGAUUCAGGUGGACCACUGUAUUUGCGCGGUGUGCAGCGAAUGUACACCAUCGGGAUUAUAAGCUAUGGAUCAGGAUGUGCCGCUUCUACACCCUCGGUGAAUAGCCGCGUGACAAGCCAGCUGAACUGGAUUCGGUCAAAAACUCCGGAAAUUUCUUAUUGCGUGAAAUAAAAUGGCCAUUUAUUGAUAACAGUA